AUGGGAACCGUGCUGUCUUUGUCACCCAGCUACCGAAAGGCGGCCCUCUUCGAGGAUGGGCCGGCCACCGUGGGCCACUACACGGCCGUCCAGAACAGCAAGAACGCCAAAGACAAGAACCUGAAGCGCCACUCGCUCAUCAACGUGCUGCCGUGGAAGCGGAUCGUAGCGGUGUCGGCCAAGAAGAAGGGCUCCAAGAAGGUGCAGCCCAACGGCAACUACCAGAACAAUGUCACCCAGCUGAACAAUGAAAACCUGAAGAAGUCGCAGUCGUGCGCCAACCUGUCCUCCUUCGCCCAGGAUCAGAGCACCCCGGCUCUCACCAAGGCCUCCAACAACACGGUGUCGUCCGUCAAGAAGGCCCCUCUGACCAACUCCAACGUGGCCCCCGGGACCCCCAAGAGAGUGAUCGUCCAGGCCUCCACCAGCGAGCUGCUGCGCUGCCUCGGGGAGUUCCUGUGCCGGCGUUGCUACCGGCUGAAACACCUGUCCCCCACCGACCCGGUGCUGUGGCUGCGCAGCGUGGACCGCUCCCUGCUGCUCCAGGGUUGGCAGGACCAGGGGUUCAUCACCCCCGCCAACGUGGUCUUCGUCUACAUGCUGUGCCGCGACGUGGUCUCCUCCGAGGUGGCCACGGAGCACGAGCUGCAGGCCGUGCUGCUCACCUGCCUCUACCUGUCCUACUCCUACAUGGGCAACGAGAUCUCCUACCCUCUGAAGCCCUUCCUGGUGGAGAGCUCCAAGGAGACCUUCUGGGACCGCUGCCUGUCCAUCAUCAACCUGAUGAGCGCCAAGAUGCUCCAGAUCAACUCCGACCCGCACUACUUCACUCAGGUGUUCGCCGACCUGAAGAACGAGAGCCAGAAGGAGGAGGAGAGGAGCCGCCUGCUCAUUGGCCUGGACCGGUGA